GCGGUCACAUGACAUUCUGCCAGGUAACCUCCAAGGUUUACGCGUCUGUCAGCGGAUGUGUUAUCCUUGUCUUAUAUAGUGAUACUGGGAUUUCGGCUAUCGCCUAACACCGUUUUUUCUCUUAAACCGGAGCCGUUAGCCGUUGCCAGGAGCGCUGUGCCACUGUGAACGAGAGAGAGAGGAUCAAUGGUCGGUCUGGAACGCGGGGCUGUCACAUCGCCUUGUGCACGCUCAAUGAACACACCGUUCAGCUCACACGGCGGUUGCAUAUUUAUGGCGAUUGCGAGGGAGGGAGGAGACUUUUGCCAGGCACAGCACCUGCUGAUUGUGGACAAGUGAAUUGGGAGAUAGCCCUGUAUGAAGGCAAGGCCCUCACUGCCAUCUAAAGAUCAGCCAAACCUUAUGAAGACUAGCCAACCCGAAGCCAAGCAGCAGCGAUACAGGAGAGAGGCUGCGCUACUCUACUGCCAGUACAUGCCUAGGGUAGAGCCCAGCCAGACCCUCAGCAGCUUAGUCCCUCUUCCUCUCUUCUUCCUCUCCGCCAUCUCUCCAUCCAUCUUUCUGCCCUUAAUGGGGUGAUUGGGAGGUGGAAGUCUAAAAGAUAAAACCUCUUUAAAAAAAUAAUAAUAAUUCCUUAUUGCGCUAUAGGCUUGGCAAAUUGUAGAUUUUCCUAGACGUUUUUCCCCCUCAUCUAUCUACCCCAUCUUGGAACUCUUUUUUUAAAUCUUCAUCCUCUCCUGGAAGACCGCUGUCGUUCACCUGCCCGUCAACAUGAAUCGCCCCGCCCCCGUCGAGAUCAGAUACGACUGUAUGAGGUUCCUCAUCACACACAACCCCACCAACUCCCAGAUGGUCAAAUUCAUAGAGGACCUGAAGGUGUUUGGUGUGCAAACCCUUGUGAGAGUGUGUGCUGCAACAUAUGAGAAAACCCCAGUAGAACAGGAAGGGAUCCAAGUCCUGGACUGGCCAUUUGACGAUGGCUCCGCCCCUCCUGAGCAAGUAGUGGAUGAUUGGCUGCAUCUGCUCCAGGCCAAGUUCAGAGAGGAGCCAGGCUGCUGUGUGGCCGUGCAUUGUGUGGCAGGCCUGGGCCGGGCUCCUGUUCUGGUGGCAUUGGCCCUCAUUGAAUGUGGAAUGGAGUACGAAGAUGCUGUCCACUUCAUACGACUUAAACGACGCGGAGCUUUCAACUCCAAGCAGCUGCUGUACCUGGAGAACUACAAGCCCAAGAUGUGUCUUCGCUCCCGCGACGGCAACGGACAAAACUGCUGCCUCCAGUAGUCCUGCAGCAGAAUGUACUAGCUGCUGCCUCCAGUAGUCCUGCAGCAGAAUGUACUAGCUCUAGAGACACAGCACACAGUCAUUUCUUAAUUCAGUCAAUUAUUAUUUAUUGAUUAUUUAAUUUAAAAAAAACAUUUGAGAUUAAAAUGAAUGGUUUCAAAGACGGUUUCCCCGAACGCAGAUUAUGCGUAGUUUAAGAAUAAUUUUUAAUAGAUUAAGAUGAGCCUGUAGCUGAGUUUUGGCUGCUGUAACACUGUCUACCUGCUGGUGCAAAUGACCCAUCCUGUUAGCGCCUGUGUACGUAUGCUGCUGUUGUUGGUGUUAUGACUUCUACCUUAGGCCUCAUUUUUAUGAAGUGUGCAUAUUUGUAAUACAUAAUUUAUUUAUGUCUAAAUGUUAUCUACCUGUAUUUUGACUGUAAAGCUGACAUUCAAAGUGUUCCUCUGAGAUAGUAAACAUUCUCAAAUA